AAAUGACUCCAAAACAAAGUUAGUCUUUCAAAACUUUAAAGAAAAAAAAACGUUUCCCUUUGAAAUUCCAAUAUGAAUCAAAGGAAUUCAAAAACAUUCAAGAACGUAAAUCAUUCAAAUUCUUAUGGAACCGGAAACGUUUUCCUCUCAAAUCAAAAUUUGUUGUUUCGUUCCAAAUUUUUUAAGAAUCAGAAACAAGUUUUCGUCCAUGAAUUUCUAAGGAGCGGAGGAAAAUUUCGUUCAAUCAAUGAAGGUUUUCCAACAAAAUAUUAUACGAAGUUUUCCCUGCUCCAGGUUCAGACAGACAGACGGGUAGACCUCCUCAGUAGGUGUUGUCCGAGUUCAGCUUUAUCGAUCCAGGUGCCCGAGCAGCAGAGUAAGGGUCCUCAACUUAUCCAGAGUUUACCGGAGAUUGCAAGGUGACUGCAUGGCAUCUGCAUCCCUACUUUCCUCCUUCCUAUCUUUUUCUUUUUUGCAUUUUUUUGGACUUAUGAUGUAUUAGACAGACGGUUGUGUAUUUAGAGGCUCUAGACUUGUGACACCAGAUGUUUGAGUUGUGUUGUCUUAUGUUUUAUUGACUUCCGCCCA